AUGGCGCCCGCACAUGAAACGUCCCAGGAUGACAAUUUUGCGGAGCUCCAGGAGCACGCAGACCUGAUCGACAGUGAUACAUUCGAACAGAUCCUGGAGAUGGACGAUGACGAAGAUGACCGGGAAUUUAGCCAAGGAAUUGUGUACGGAUUCUUCGAACAGGCAGAAUCAACGUUUGAAAAUAUGGACAAGGCACUGAACGACAAAAAUUGGGAUAGCCUGUCCUCAUUAGGACACUUCCUCAAGGGCUCAUCCGCUACCCUCGGCUUGAUCAAGGUCAGGGACGCGUGCGAGAAGAUCCAACACUGCAAGGAGGAACUACCCGACGACCAGGCCGACAAGGACAAGGCUAUUGAUGGCAUUAAAAAGACACUCAAAGAAGUCAAAAGCGACUACGAAGAGGUUGCCAAGAUUCUGAAGCGAUUUUUUGGAGAAUCCCCUGAAUCUGAAAAAGACGAGAAAGCACCGGAGAGCCCAGAAUCCGACUAA